GGCAAACCGAUUGACCAUUCAGACGAGAUCCGAGUGGACCCGAAUCUGGCAAUGGAGAUAAGAGCUUGCUGACGAACUGCAGAAAAAUUUGGGAGAGGGACAGGAAGAAAAAUGGAGUAAAAUGGCGUGCCGAAUUAACCAGCCCAUCUGCGUCACAACAAACCCAAGUCUCCGAGUCCCAGUGACCCUAAGCAGCACACCAUCAUGAGUUUAUCAACAACGACAGUCGAAAAACGGCUCCUCGCAACUGCAGAGCAUCUCAAUGCCCCUAAUAAAUUCCGUCCAGCGUCCGUUCCGUGGGUACAUCCCCAUUUAGAGCAGGGCGUGGUGCCGAUUAAAGGCCGCCAGCUGCGUGCCUCGCAACCCAUCCGAAAGGGCGAGCUCCUGAUGAUUGACGUGCCCUAUGCGCUCAUUCCCGUCGUCGAUGAUCCGGCCAGUAGCGAUAGUCUUCUGUGCAGCAAUCCAACCUGUAGUCGUCAGACGCAACAAAGUUCGGGACGCAUUUCGUGUCCCAACCGCUGUCUCGCAGAUGUAGUCUGGUGCAGUUCGACCUGCCAGGAAGCUGAUCAAUUGCGCCAUGAAUUCGAGUGCACCUGGCUGCAGAGAUACGCCUCGCCCAUUCGCGCAAAAUGGGGCGAAUACGACUUUGGCAUGAUGUGGCUGAUUGUCCGCAUCCUCGCCUCACGCCACACGGAGCGACAGCAGCUGCUUGAUGCCAACAACGAAACGAAUCAGCGUUUCAAGGGUGGCUGGGAAGCCAUCCAGUCCUUCUGUGGCUCGAUAGAGAGCUGGUCACACGCUCAGGUGCGAUCAUGGACAGCGUUGGUGAAGAAGUAUCUUCGCAGUAGUCCGAUCUUGCCACACGACCUAAGCGUUGACGAGAUCGUGGCUCUGAUCUGCCGGGAGGAAGCCAACUCUUUCGGCUUGUAUCCGCGCGAGACGGGUGUAUAUCCUGUCCCAGAACCCCCUGUCGACCGGGGAGAGCAGUUUGGUGCGGCCGUUUAUCCUCGAGCAGCGAUUGCCAACCAUUCGUGCAGUCCUAAUAUCAUGCAUAAACCCGAUCAUCACGGACGGAUGGUGUUUACUGCCUCGAAGGACAUCGCAGCCGGCGAGGAGUGCUGCAUAUCCUAUUUCGAUUUGAGCAAACGCGUCGACCUCAAGUCCCGUCGAGAUCACCUCCAGGGUCUGUUUAGAUUCGCCGAACCCCGCCCGAAACGCCCUAACGCCGUGCUCCUAAUGCGAGAACGGAUACGGAACGCACGGCUGUCAAACAUGGAUAACAAGUACCGCCUUCCCGACCCUGGUGUGGCCGAAGCCAGCGACCAUGCUUCCGAGUCCCCGGAAGCCCCGAAUAUCACGGCAGGAUCGCAGUAUUUGCAUCGCAAGCUGGGCGGGAAAGAAGUUCAGCUCUUCGCGGUCGGGGGAGCCAUUGGAACAUCGCUAUUUGUUCAGAUGGGUGCCAUGUUACCUAAAGCUGGCCCUGCAGGUCUCUUAAUCGGCUUUCUCGUGUACACGCCUAUCAUCCUCUCUGUCAAUCAAUGCUUUGCGGAGAUGGUCUGCUACUUGCCUAUCCCCUCGCCGUUCAUCCGCCUCGCCGGUCACUGGGUGGAUGAUGCCCUAAGCUUUGCCAUGGGCUGGAAUUUCUUUUUCACCAUGGCAUUCGGAAUACCAUACGAGAUAGUCGCCAUCAACAUCCUCCUCACCUACUGGACCGAUCGUGUGCCUGUAGCUGCUGUGGUGGUGAUUAUGUUGGUGCUUUAUACACUGUUGAACAUAUUUACCGUUCGCUUCUUCGGAGUAUCGGAGUUCUAUCUGUCGUCCUUCAAAAUACUCCUCAUGGUCGGACUUCUGCUGUAUACCUUCAUUACCAUGGUCGGAGGCAAUCCACGCCACGAUGUAUACGGCUUCCGAUACUGGCGAGAUCCGGGGGCAUUUGUGUCCUACAUUAUAUCCGGUGGCGUUGGACGCUUCUGCGGCGUUCUAGCAUGCAUGAUACAAGGUUCUUUCACAAUGGUCGGCCCCGAAUACAUAUCCAUGGCAGCCGCAGAAGCAGCACGACCACGAGGAGUAAUGAAAAAGGCUUACGCGUCGUACCCAUGGCGACUGGUAACAUUUUUCAUCCUGGGUGCUCUAUCAAUGGGCAUACUCAUCCCCUACAAUGAUCCUACUCUUGCUGCCACCUUGGAAGGGACGGAACAAGGAAGUGGGACGGGAGCUGCCUCCCCCUAUGUAAUCUCCAUGAACCACUUCAACAUCCGCGUCCUCCCGGACAUUGUCAACGCCCUAAUCAUGACUUCCGUCUUCUCCGCCGGCAACAACCUCGUAUUCUCCGCAGCCCGGACCCUCCACGGUAUGGCACUCGAAGGUCGCGCCCCAACCCUCUUCGCGCGCUGCAACCGCAACGGCCUCCCCUACUACGCCGUCGCCGCAUCGCUGGCAUUCUGCCUCCUCGGAUUCCUCCAAGUAAGCAACAACUCCUCCACGGUGCUGAACUGGCUCGUGGGAAUAAUCGUCGCAUCAUACCUCCUCAACUACGUCGGCACGUGCAUCACAUACCUGCACUUCUAUGCUGCACUGCGCCGACAGGGUAUAUCCCGCGAUACACUUCCCUAUAAGGGCUAUCUGCAGCCGUAUGCGGGCUGGUUCGCGCUGGUGGGGACGAUAGUCAUGACGCUGAUCAUUGGGUUCGAGAUAUUCAUCGAUGGGCAGUGGGAUGUGCAGACGUUCUUUUUGGAUUAUACUAUGGUUGGGUUUUUUGUGGUCGCGUAUGGCUUUUGGAAGGUGGUUAAGCGGACGAGGUAUGUGUGGCCGGGGACAGCGGAUUUGGGGCUUGGGGGGUUGAAGAAGGAGAUUGAUGAGUAUGAGGCUGGGUUGGUGGUUCCGGUGAGGAAGGGGGUGAGGGGAUCUUGGAAUGGUUUGUUUGAGUAG